GUUUGUCCUGAAACUAUCCGAAUACUGUGUAUAAUUUUGGGGUUUUCCCACUAUCCCAGUUUCUAUUACUAAGUCAUGAUCAAGCAAUCAUCAUGAUAUGAUUCGAUAUACUGUGUUGGAUUUUUACUAAAUGUACAUUUAAAACCAAUUAUGACGAGCGAAAAGUUUUGUAUUUUGUUAAGGAAUUGCGUAGGAAAAAAGAAAGAAAAGGGUUUGAUUAAAUCGACGACGUCCAAAGUAGAUAUUUUGCCAGGAAGUUUACUUUUAUUUAUCUUUAACGAUACGGACCAUUCUUCGAAUCAAAAUAUAUGUGUAUUAGAAACUUUAGAUCCGGAAAACAUAGAAGUAAAAUGUAACAAUGAGGAUUUUGAUGGUAUUAGUAAGGAAGAGUAUGAAGUAUUGGUUUCUAUACCAACCUGUAAUGAACGUAUGACAAUUUAUUUAGAUAAGCAUUGGUUACAAGAAGGAUUAGAAUUAAAUGUUAAUGAUUAUGUUUACGUUUAUGAUAAAGCUUCAUCAAAAGACCUCAUAGGAAUAAUAAGGUAUAAAGGAGCGAUUGUUGACCUCAAGGGCAUAUUUUUUGGAGUUGAAUAUAUUUAUGAUAUUGGAAAAGGAAUAAGUGAUGGUGUAUUUCGUAAGCAAAGAUAUUUCACAUGUGCACCAAACUGUGCUGCAUUUGUUGCCCUACACAGAAUUCGAAAAUGCAGUAAACCUCUCCCAACAGAAGAAGCCGUAGAAUUAGUGGGUGCAACUAAUUUUACUAAUAAAUGGAACUUGAAGAUUAAGGAUCGUGUUGUAUGGUAUAGUGAUGACGGUCCUGAAUAUGGAACUGUCAAAUGGAUUGGAUUGCUACCAGACACAAGAUCCAACGAAGAUGUAACAGUAGGAGUGGAGUUUGAUAACCCUGUGGGCUCUGGUACGGGGAAAUACAAGGACCAUCGUCUGUUCACGGCCAAGCAAAAUCAUGCAUCCUUGGUUCCUAUCAUAGGUCUUCUGAAGGCAGAGGAUAUUAGUCCAGGACCACAGUAUGAGCAAGUGGACGAUGAUGUAGAAGAACAAAGAAGGAUAUACGAAGAUUUGAGGCUUUCAAAGGAAAACAGAACAUCAGGAGCAGGAAAUCACUAUCUGUCUAAAGCAAACAGUCCUGAAUAUUUUCCUGUAGCCCAGAAACCGGUCAACCCUCUGUAUGAGUAUAGCCGCUCAGAACAAGAAUAUUUACCAGAGAACCUGGCUCCAAAGGAGACCCUUAUUCAAAAUUCGUCAAAUUCCAGAAAAAUACCAAACAAUUCAAGCCAGCAAGAUACUCAACACGAUCCUGACCUUACAGUGGGGUCACUAGUAGAGGUCAUGUCAAACCGGCCCCUUUAUGGAGUCAUUAAAUGGAUUGGUAAUCUUCCGGAUCAGAAAAAGCCUCAGAAAUUGAUAGCUGGACUGGAAAUGGAGGAUGAGAUUGCUGCAGGCACGGACGGAACCUUCAAGCAGCACCGUCUUUUCACGUGUCCACCGAAGAAAGGGUUCUUCGUUCCUCUCUACAAGUGUCGCAAAGAUAAACGCUUCUUUGACGACCGAGCCAAUCAGAAUCCUUCGGACAGGAGCUUGUACUUUGGUAGCAAUGAGACUCCAGAUUUGGAGGGAUCCGUUUCCCCACCAAGUUCUCUGCAUGACGUGGCCUCGUUCUGUGGGAAGGGGAAGGGCAUACAGGGGCACCACAACUCGUGUUACAUGGACGCCACCUUGUUGGCCAUGUUUUAUUUCACAACUGUGUUUGACACUAUUUUGCAUCGUCCAAAAAAUGCUCAAGAUAUCCCUGAAUAUGGUGAAGUGCAACAGGUGUUAAAGGAAGGAAUUGUAAAUCCACUUCGAAAGCACCAUUAUGUGCGAGCUGACAAGGUGAUGAAGUUGCGACGUCUGUUGGACAAAGUAGGGAAAAUACCAGGAAUGAUGAGUGAAGAGAAAGAUCCAGAAGAAUUCCUGAAUUUAUUAUUUAAUGAAAUUACGCAAGCCGAUCCGUUUUUAAAAAUAUGUACGGAGAACAGAAUAUCUGAGACUGACACCCAGCACACAUACUUCUAUCAGCUUAUCAUGGAGAAAGAUGAGAGAUUGGUUCUACCCACAACCCAGCAACUAUUUGAGCUCUCAUUUCUACAGAUGGGCAUCAAACUGAAAGAGAUCCCUUCCUGCCUGAUUAUCCAGAUGCCAAGGUUUGGAAAGGACUACAAGAUGUACAAGAGGAUAUUGCCAAGUCUGGAGCUAGACAUAACAGAUGUCCUGGAAAAUUCACCACGAGAGUGUAUCAUCUGUGGCGAGCUGGCAGCGUUUGAGUGCAAGGAGUGCUACCAAGUGCAUGGUGCUGGUCUCAAUACAAUAGCAUUUUGUGACGGGUGUAAACAAACUAGUCAUCGUCACAAGCUGCGGGUGAAUCACAAGUGUCGUAUGAUCAACACUCCACAGUGGUAUCGCGAGCAGUACAUAGCCCACAAAACACAGCAAAAACGUCAGCCAAUCCAGCGAGAGAAGAUGGAACUAUUUGCAGUAAUCUGUAUUCAGACUAGUCAUUAUGUUUCCUUCGUCAAGACUGGGAGUGGAAAGAAGGCAAAGUGGAUUUUUUUCGAUUCAAUGGCGGAUAGAAGAGGAGAGCAAAGCGGCUACAAUAUCCCAGAAGUGCAAGAGUGUUGUGAAAUCCCUCUGUGGCUCUCAGAUGAACACUUCUCUGAUAUUAUGAAAAAUCCUGACGAUAAAAACCUUCCGGAACAUAUCAGACGGCUUAUUUGUGACGCAUACAUCUGCAUGUACCAAAGUCCCACUGUGAUGAAAUUUAAUUGAACCCAAAUUGAGGACAUUUGAAGUGAACGUACAUGCACAAACUUGUAAAUGAACGUCAUAAAAAACAGAGUUUGUGGCAACAAGCUUAGCAUGCUUCCAGUAUUUGUGUUGCUUUUCUGGCACUUGAAUGUUUUGAAAUUGACAAUGGUUAGUCUACUAUUUAUAUCUAUCAGGGAAAUUAAGUGAGGAAAGUGAGUCCAUGGUUAUAGGACUUGUUUAACGUUAUAUUUGCACCCUUUGAGGAAACUAAGGUAUAGUGAUUUGAAACUAUCCAUUUGUCAUUAGGCCAGAUUGACCUACAAUAAUUCUGACUACACGUAGUAUGAUGGUUACUUGGGAGGAAAGAUUCCUGUGGAUUUUUAGGUUAUUAAGUUGAAUGUCAAGGUCACUGAGGCUUGUAGCAGAAAUUUGUUUUCCAAAAUAUCUUUAAAAUGCUUUGUCCUAUGAUCAUGCAAAUUAGUAUUGUGGAAAGGAAGACUCAUCAAGUUAAAGGUUAAAGGUCAAGGUCACCUGCAGUCGGUCUCCACACACUUGUUAUAGAAUGCUUUUACCUAUGACCCUUGAAAUCACUUCUAUAGAAAUACGGAUGCCUAUUGAUUAUGGUGUUCAUCUGUCAAAGAUCAAAAUCACAUUUGCUUGUGAAAUUGCUUCACCACAACAUCUGAAGAAUUUUUAUGAUCAUAUAAAUGAGUAUGGAGGUCAGUCUUGACAAACAGUGACUCCUAAUGAUUUUCGAAGUACGAUGUGAAAGGUCAAGAUCACAGGGACACCUUUGCCUCCAGUUGGUUUGGGUCAUACAUGAUAUACAAAGUCUUUUGUUCACAUUUAAGAUGCAUAAAUCUGUGAUAACUAAAGUCUUCUCUUGUUUUGUUAAUCUUAACAUCAUAAGUUACUGUAUUAAUAUCAUAGCUAAAUUAUAUUUCAAGCAUUUGUAUUCCUUUUUUAUAACUUUUUGUUUACACAAGAUGCACAGUUAAGUAUUUACUCUUGUGAUAACACUCAUGCUUGUAACCUGUAGCAUAAUUUUAGACAUGUAAAUUUAAUUGUGGAAGGUACUCCUUUCUUUGUGACGCUUAAGGAAUAUUUAACAAAUUUUAAGGUUGUGUGAAACAAAAACAUAUGGUGUAAAAUUCACUGAUAUUCAUUAGUAUGUAUAUCACAAUUAAAUUUGUAGCAUUUCCAAUACUCUUUUUGAUCAAAAGGAUACUAUGUCUGGUUUGUUCGACGUUGCUUUGCAAUAGUUUAGUGUUAAUUUUGAAUUUUUAGCUCACCUGAGCACAACGUGCUCAUGGUGAGCUUUUGUGAUAGCUUUUUGUUCGUUGUGCGGCGUCAAUAUUUGCCUUGUUAACUCUCUAGAGGCCACAUAUAUUGUCCAAUCUUCAUGAAAUUUGGUCAGAAGAUUGGUUUCAAUGAUAUCUUGGAUGAGUUCGAAAAUGGUUACGUUUGCUUGAAAAAUAUAGCUGCCAAGGGGCAGGGCAUUUUUCCUUAUAUGGCUAUAUAUGGCUAUAGUAAAAUCUUGUUAACACUCUAGAGGCCACAGUUAUUGUCUGAUCUUCAUAAAACUUGGUCAGAAGAUUCAUCCCAAUAAUAUCUUGGACGAGUUCGAAAAUGAUGCCGGUUGGAUGAAAAACAUGGCCGCCAUGGGGCGGGGCAUUUUUCCUAAUAUGGCUAUAGUAAAACCUUGUUAACACUCUAGAGGCCACAUUUAUUUUCCGAUCUUCAUGAAACUUGCUCAGAAGAUUUGUCCCACUGAUAUCUUGGAUGAGUUCAAAAAUGGUAACCUAUGCUUGAAAAACAUGGCUGCAAAGGGGCGGGGCAUUUUUCCUUAUAUGGCUUUAUUUGGCUAUAGUAAAAUCUUGUUAACACUCUAGAGGCCACAUUUAUUGUCCAAUCUUCAUGAAACUUAAUCAGAAGAUUUGUUAUUUGGUCAGAAGAUUGGUCUCAAUGAUAUCUUGGAUGAGUUCGAAAAUAAUUAUGUUUGCUUGAAAAAAAUGGCUUCCAAGGGGCGGGGCAUUUUUCCUUAUAUGGCUAUAGUAAAAUCUUGUUAACACACUAGAGGCCACAUUUACUGUCCGAUCUUCAUGAAACUUGGUCAGAAGAUUCAUCCUGAUAAUAUCUUGGAAGAGUUAAAAAAUGAUGCCUGUUGGUUGAAAAACAUGGCUGCCAGGGGGUGGGGCAUUUUUCCUUAUAUGGCUAUAGUAAAACCUUGUUAACACUCUAGAGGCCACAUUUAUUUUCCGAUCUUCGUGAAGAUUUGUCCCAAUUAUAUCUUGUUAUCUCAGGUGAGCGACUUUGGGACUUUCAGGCCCUCUUGUUUUUUUAUUGCGCUCAGUUUCAGAGAAAACCUGAGCUAUUGUCUUAGCCAGCUUGUUGUGUCGUUCGCUGGCGUCUUUCUAAAACCUUAACAUUGGCUCUAAAAUCAAAGUGCUUCCACCUACAACUUUGAAACUUCAUAUGUAGAUGCACCUUGAUGAGUUCUACACACCACACCCAUUUUUGGGUCAAAGGUUAAGGUCUCAAUGACCUCUGAAAGAAAAAAUCUGACAAGCUUUCUCAGCCGAGCGCGGCACCCGUUAUGCGGUGCUCUAGUUUUCUUGAACAUAAUGAUUAGAUUGUUUUGCAGGCACUGUGCAUAUUUUGUAGGUAAAAUACUCACAAGUAAUGCUAUAGAAAAAGUGUCACAAAUUUAGUCUGCAUACCAUCACAGAAUUAUAUCUCGGAACUCCUUGAAAUAAAACCGCAACCAAACAUAUUGUUAGGAGUCAGCAUUUGUUUUUGAAAGUAAAGCAAACUUUAAAAAAAUCCAAUAAUUCACAGAGCCUUUAAUUGUUUGAUUUCUAAAUCUAAGAGUAUAUUGGUAUGCUAAUCUAAGUCUGUAAUGUACUAUUCUCAUCUGAUUUCAAACUUCAUGAAAUUGUUAUCAGCCAAGUUCAAACAUCUGACAGAACCUCUUUGGUAAAAUAUGGCGCUCUUGUCUUUUUAGCUCACCUGAAAACAAUGUGCUGAUGGGGAGCUUUUGUGAUUACCUUUUAUCAGUCAUAGUGGGUUGUCAACAUUUGCAUUGUGAACUCUUUAGAGGCCAUAUUAAUUGCAAAUCUUCUUAAAAUGAGGUUAGAACAUCCCAAUAAUAUCUGAACCAAUUUCUAGAAUUGAGCAUGUGGGGGUCAAAAACUACUGCACUUGGCAAAA